UACAUAAACCGGAAGCAGCGUUGUUUUGUUAUUGUCACAUUUUUCUCCUAGACAAGUCGUUCGGGUAUUAUCAAAUCGCAUGGUAAUUCCCACAUUUACCAUUUGUUACACUGCAAAUGAGCGUCUGGCCUCAGUAAAAGUGAUCUGCUAACGUUAGACAGGUCAGAUGAUUCUUGUGCCCUGGAACAGGAACUAGAAGCAUUUUUUUGCGCUCCGUACUUCAAGGAUGGCGGCAAAUGAUGGAGAGGAGGCUACUGUAUCUCUGGUGGACGUGUUAGAAGAAGACGAAGAGCUGGAGAACGAAGCCUCUGCUGUUCUCGGUGGCAGUGAUUCAGAAAAAUGCUCAUAUCCAGAGGGUUAUGUAAAGCGUCAGGCUCUGUAUGCCUGUAACACCUGUACACCAAAGGGAGGAGAACCAGCUGGACUCUGUCUAGCAUGUUCUUACAAGUGCCAUGAAGGCCAUGAUCUUUUUGAGCUUUAUACCAAGAGGAACUUCCGAUGUGAUUGUGGAAAUGACAAGUUUGGGGAAAUGGAAUGCAAGCUAUUUGCGGAUAAAGAUAAAUUCAAUUCAGGGAACAAAUACAGCCACAAUUUCUUUGGCAUGUAUUGCACAUGUGACAGACCCUACCCAGAUCCAGAGGAUGAGGUUCCAGAUGAGAUGAUCCAGUGUGUCUCGUGUGAAGACUGGCUUCAUGGUCGGCAUUUGGGUUGUGUAGUGCCAGAUUGUGUGGAGCUACAGGAAAUGAUUUGUGAGACUUGCAUGAAUAAAGCACCUUUCCUUUGGACAUACGCUGCAGAUAUAGCAGUGCCAUUCAUAACAAAAGUCAGUCCAUGCAAAGAAGAGGAGGAUGUAAAGGUGGAACUUGAUGAUGAAGAAGAGAAGAAGAUUAAAGAGGAAAACCCAAAGAACCCAGUGGAUGAGAAGGUCCAGGUCAACGGGACAUCCUGUAAGCGGAAACACCAGGAUGAAAUUGAAGGUUCCUCAGAGGAGGGCUCGUGCUCAGGUUGCAAGCUGAAAGAGAUGAAGGCUUCAGGAAGGAGCCGGACACAGCAGGGUGCCGUUUUCUGGCCUUCUGCCUGGCGCACCAAACUCUGCCUCUGCGCUGACUGCAAGCUCCUUUAUGCAGAUGCAGGAGUGUCAUUUCUCACAGAUGAGACCGAUACGGUCCUGGCAUAUGAGAACAAGGGCAAGUCCACAGAGCAGGCCGAACAAGCGGGUGCGGCCGAGGGCCGUGACCCCUUGAUGUCAGCCCUAAACAACUUGAAUCGUGUUCAGCAGUUGGAGAUCAUCCAUGAGUAUAAUGACAUGAAGACAGAACUGAAGGACUUCCUGCAAAGAUUUGCUGCAGAAGGCAAGGUGGUGACGCCCGAGGACAUUCGGGACUUUUUUGAACAGCAGCAAAGCCGUAAGAGACGAAGAGCCAACGCAGGCCAGUUUUAUUGCAGCUGAACCAUCCUACCCUACCAGCUUCAUCAUGUUGAUUUUCCAAGGACACCCCUAGAACAUUUUAUAAAAUAAAAACGCAGUUUAAAUCAGGCGCUGUAUUAUUUUGAGCGUGUAUGUAUGUCAGGUUCUGUGUUGUUGCUCUUACUGUAUUUUGUUAUAUUUUUCCAUUUCAAAUGUUUGGAGUUUGAGAUCAUGUUCAACAUGGUUUGAUUGGCUAUCUUAGUUUUUAGGAAAAAGAUUCAUGGAAAAGCACUUCUGUAAUGCCACAGUCAAUCCUGAGGAGGCACCGUUAUUUAUGGAAAGCUUUGGAAGUCAAGAUCACGUGACUGCAGUCAGUAUUAAUUCUGUAAAAUGUCUGGUGAGAUGCUUUGCAGCCCAUAGACAAAAUUAAGUUUGAAACAAACCUGUGGAAACACUGCAUGUUCCCAUAUAGGUUUUUCAUGUGAUUCAGUUAUCAUGACAGUAAUGACCACACAUAACCCUUUUUUAUUGUACCUUGUUUUCCUUGAUUUUUUUGUAGAUUCUGUUCCUUUUUAAUGUCCUGCCUUUGAAAAAAUAAACAUAAUACAUUUGA